AUGACAGAAUCAUUUAGAACUCGUAAAUCAUCUUACGUCAAAACUUGUCAACAUCUCUUGUUAAAUAAAGUAAAUUUCCCUUCACAAAAUCUCAUUAUAACAAGAUUAAAUUGUAUAAAACCCUAAGAACUACCUAAGGCUUAAUAAAAAUUGUAUCCUAAGAACCUUAAAUAAGAUAAAAUCGGAAGCGACUCUGAACCUUCUUGUUUCAUUACUAGUUUAGCAAAAUUAUGCAACUUAGAGAAUACUUAAACUCAAAAUGUACUUUAAAAAAGAGCUUAGCAACGUUAUUAAUAUGGAUAUGUUUAAGGAUCAAUGGAUUAAGGUAAUCUAAUCAGAGUAAAGUCUAAUUCGAUUAGACCCCGUUAUUUCUCAAAUGACUUUCUUACAGAUCGAACUAUGAGAUCAAGUGUAUCCCCAAACAAGAAGAAGGUUAGAUUUUAUGAGAAAAUUGAGUAUUGGGUAUUAAAUAAGGACAGGAAAUUUGAAUGUGAUUUCAGAUAUUUUGAGACUAUGAAAUUGUAAUGA